GAGAACACUCAAAAUAAAGAUGACAAGUUAUCAGGCAAUAUUGUUAAACAAUGGCGAAACCCUACCGAUUAUAGGUAUGGGUACUUAUUCCGGCGAAAACGAUAGAGAAACAACAGAAAAAGCCAUUAGAACGGCGCUCAAGAUGGGGUACAGGCAUUUUGACACAGCGAAAAUAUACGGUUCGGAGCCGGCAGUAGGAAAUGCAAUAAGAAGAGCAAUAUCUGAAGGAGUGGUGGAGAGAGAAGACAUUCAUAUCACUUCUAAGCUAUGGUCCAGUGAUCACAAUGAUCCUAUUUCUGCACUUCACCAAACUCUGCAGAGGCUAGGGAUGGAAUACGUGGACUUGUAUUUGGUGCAUUGGCCAGUGUCUUUGAAGCCAUGGGUUGAUUAUCCAAUUCCCAGAGAAGAAGACUUUGAGACAUUAGACAUGGAGAAUACCUGGUCUGGCAUGGAGAGGUGCUUAGAGAUGGGUUUGUGUAGGUCCAUUGGCCUCAGCAAUUUCUCAUCUACAAAAAUUGAACACCUUCUCGACUUUGCUUGUGUCACUCCUGCUGUCAAUCAGGUGGAAAUGCAUCCAAUGUGGAGGCAACGAAAGCUGAGGGCAUUAUGUGGAGACUAUGGAAUUCAUGUAAGUGCAUAUUCACCUUUAGGUGGUCCUGGAAAUGCCUGGGGAACUACUGCUGUGGUUAAUCAUCCCAUCAUCCAAUCUAUUGCCCUCAAGCAUAACGCAACUCCAGCUCAGGUUGCGUUGGGAUGGGGGUUGUCUCAAGGAUCUAGUGUUAUAGUGAAGAGCUUCAAUCCGAGAAGAAUGAAGGAGAACAUUGGAGCCCUUGAUUUGACAUUGGACGACUGGGAUUUACUUGAGAUAGAGAAAAUGGAGGAAAGGAAGAUAAUGAGGGCAGAGUAUCUAGCCAAUGAUACUACAAGUCCAUACAAGACGAUUGAGGAACUUUGGGAUGACGAGAUAUAAUAUAAUUAAGGGAUUUUCCUUUAAUUUGGCAUUGGCAUUGUGCUUAAUCUACAAUUAUUUUUUAAAAAAUAAGA